CCGUUUAGUUUCUUUCCUCAAACGGGAAAGGCGGACCGAAAGCCGGAGCCGGCGGCUUUUUCCCGUGCGGCUGGCGAAGUUUGCGACGGAAUUUCCCUUCUCUGCAGCCGCGGAGUGCAAAGCAAAGGGCGAUCUGGGCUCGGCGGCGGCGCAACUAUGAUCCAGGAAUUCUGUUUUCUCUCCAGCUUCGUGGCAGCUAUCGCCACCCAAAGUUUGGUCCAUGAUGGAACGCCAUCCUGUCCAAGAGCAUCUAUCCAAGGCGGGGACAUCUCUCUCUCCGACGGAUAUCGUCCAGGAAGUAUCCUCACCUUUGCCUGCCCAGCUGGCACUUACCCAUAUCCCACUCCCAGCCGGGUCUGCCAGCCGGAUGGCAAUUGGACUCCGAUGCAGCACCCUAGCGGAAAGCCAACCAAAGUAGCACGUUGCAGAGAUAUACGCUGCCCAGGGCAGACGAGCUUUGAAAAUGGCUUUUUCAUCCCACGGCGAACUUUCCACCCCAUUGGCGACAUCCUGAGUUUUCAGUGUUCUGAUGGGUACCAGCUCCUUGGCUCAUCCCAGCGAUACUGCCAGCCCAACGGCUUAUGGAAUGGGACCUCCCCUGUUUGUGAUGAUGGAGCCGGGCACUGCCUCAGCCUUGCUGUGCCCCCGGGGGCGAUAGCUACAGGAAAAGGCAACCGCCUGGGUGAUCGGAUCUCAUUCAAAUGUCAGACUAAUUUAGACUUGAUUGGAUCAUCCCAACGGGUCUGCAUGCUGGACGGCGAAUGGUCUGGUACGCAGCCAAGUUGUAGAGCCAGUUAUUCUUAUGACCGAGCUGAAGAUGUUAAAGCUGAAUUCGGAGCCUCGUUGACAGAUGUUCUGAGUGAAGUAUCCACCUUUGAGUUGGACCCUUCUGGGACAGUUCAAACUCCAUCUUUAGGCCGAAGACUUAUACUGACCAAAGAUAGCUUCCUCUAUGUUUACUUCCUGUUGGAUGCUUCCCACAGCGUUACAGAACCUAACUUUUCUAUCUUUAAAGAUGCUGUAAGCCAAAUCAUCAUCAGAAUUUCUAGCUUUGAAGUUCCGGUCAAGUUCUCAGUCAUAUCUUACGCCAGCCAGCCCAAGACAAUUGUUGACAUCGGCGAUGCUGCGGCUGAAGAUGCUGAUAUGGUGCUUGAUACAAUGGAAAAUAGUAUGAAUUACAAAGAUCAUGGCAAUGCAACGGGAACCAACAUUUACGCGGCCCUUUUUGCGGUUUACGAGAUGAUGAUUAACGAAGAAAUUUUUUUAAAAGAUCAAUGGAGCAAAGUCCGCCAUGCUAUCAUUCUGCUUACAGAUGGAAAAUCCAAUCUUGGAGGUUCUCCCAAAAGGGUGGUGGACCAAAUAGAAGGUCUGCUGAAUGUGAGAGAAAACCGAAAAGAUUAUCUUGAUAUCUAUGUUUUUGGCAUUGGGAACCUCGAUGUUGACUUGAGUGCCAUGAAUGAGAUUGCAUCAAAGAAGCCAGGGGAAAGGCACGUCUUUGUGAUGGAAAAUCCACAGGAACUCAAGAAUGCUUUUGAAGAUCUGUUGGAUCCUAGAGAUUUGGAGGCCAUUUGUGGUUUGGCAAACUACUCGGAUAGUGCAAGGUGGGAUCAGAAGAACCCUUGGCAUGUGCGUCUCCAAAACACACAUCAUAGGGAUUCUACUUGCCGAGGGGCCUUGAUUUCCAAUACCUGGGUUCUAACAGCGGCUCACUGCUUCAACCACUUGAAAGAUACGUCUAAUUGGAUCGUGGUUCUGGGUGGAGAAAUCAGGCUGAGGAUAAAGAGACGGAUUGACCAUGAAUUAUACAACAUUCGAGCCAAGACGGCCCAGGGCAUCCAAGAAUUCUAUGACUACGAUAUCUCCCUCAUUGAACUGGAGAAACCUGUGACCUUCGGAGGAAGAAUCAGACCUAUUUGCCUCCCUUGCACUGAAGGGGCCAGCAGAGCUCUGAAGAAAAAGCCUGGAACAACAACAUGCAGAGAUCAUGAACUGGAGCUACUGAGUUUUGAGAAGGUGCCUGCCGAAUUCAUCUCCUUGGACCACGAGAGAAUGAAUGUGCAGAUCAAGACCAAAACAAGUCGUCCCACGUGUGUUUCUGGAGCUAUUCAGAAGGGAAUGAUAUAUGCCAAUGUGUCCAGUGUCGACGAAGUGGUGACUGACAGGUUCCUGUGCAGUGGAGAAGAUAAGUCAUUGGAAGCCUACACUUGCAAAGGUGAAUCUGGGGGAUCGCUCUUCGUGGAAAAGAGAGAAAGACAUUUUCAGGUGGGUGUGAUCAGCUGGGGCACGUACGAUCCAUGUACACGGCAGAAUAAAAAUGACAAUGGGGAGAUGAUACGAGAUCGGCCGAGCAAAGACUACAAACCACGAGACUUCUACAUCAGUCUGUUUCAAGUGCAGGAUUGGUUGAGAAAACAUCUGGACAACUCCUUGAGAUUCAUUCCCAUGCCAAGUGCCAAGAUUGGAUCUAGUUCUUUCCUUGCACUCUUGCAAUCUCCAGCAGAUAUUUGUGAUUUUUGGACAGCCAAUGUCGCGGAGGCUGUCUGUGAUGUAACGAAGCAAUACGAAAUUGUAGGAGGCAAAACAGUAGCAUUGCAAAACAACACAGUGCUUAAAUAUAUAUGCCCAGAUGGCCAAUACCCAUACCCUACUGAAUACCGGACAUGCGAAUGGAACAAAUACUGGAGCACUAUGAAAAAUAUAAAUGAUAUGUACGUCUCCCGGGCCAAGUGCCAAGAUAUCCGUUGCCCCAGAAUUUCAGAGUUUGAAAAUGGUUACUAUGAGCCCCCGCAGCCAUAUUACAAUAUAAACCAGACUAUCACGUUUACUUGUUAUGGAGGAUACAGCAUGAAGGGGUCUGAAGUCCGCACCUGCCUUCCCAAUGGGAAAUGGAGUGGAAAAACAACCAUUUGUCAUGAUGGAACUGGCCAUUGCUCUAACCCGGGGAUUCCAAUUGGUGCUCGAAAAGAAGGAAGCCAAUAUCGGAUAGAAUAUCGGGUCCGCUACACUUGUGAUCGUGGUCUCCUCCUUUUUGGAUCCAGUGAACGGAUUUGCCAGGAAUCAGGAAGCUGGAGUGGAUCAGAACCAGAGUGUCGGCAGCCAUAUACUUUUGAUACCCCAGAAGAAGUUGCCAACAAUUUCAUUUCAUCUUUGACUGAAACGGCUGAAGCCUCAGAUGCCAAUAGAAAUAUCUCCUCUACACAGAAGCGAAAGAUUGUCAUUAAGAAAGGAGGCACAAUGAACAUCUACUUUCUCCUCGAUGCCUCAAAAAGUAUUAAUGAAAAGAAUUUCAAAAGUAUACAGAAUGUUACAGUCAAGUUAAUUGAGAAGAUCUCCAGUUAUGACGUCUCCCCCAAUUAUGCCGUUAUCACUUUUGCCACGAAUAGCAAAGAGGUUUUGAACACAAUGCAUGCACAGAGCACUGAUCCAGCCUGGGUGAUUGAGCAACUAGAAAAUAUCAAAGUUUCUGAGCAUAAGGUAAAACCAGGAACCAACAUCCACAAAGCCUUGCAAACCGUAUAUGAAAUGAUGAUCAGCCAGGAAGCUGAUGAGAGAACACGUGGAUUAAAUCCUCCUCCUGUUUCCAAUUCUACACGCCAUGUGAUCAUCCUCCUGAGUGACGGUCGCUACAACAUGGGUGGGGAGCCACAUCGGGUCAUGAACGAUAUUAAGGAAUUCCUUAGGAUUAAGAAAUCUGGCCCCAGUUCUCGCAACGAAUUCCUAGGUCGCUACAAUAUGGGUGGGGAGCCACAUCGGGUCAUGAACGAUAUUAAGGAAUUCCUUAGGAUUAAGAAAUCUGGCCCCAGUUCUCGCAACGAAUUCCUAGAUGUUUAUGUCUUUGCUGUCGGAAAUCAAAUCAACACGCAAAGCCUGAAUGCUUUGGUAUCAAAGAAACCUGGUGAGAAACAUUUCUUCAUAAUGGAGAAACUUGAAGACCUGCAAGAAACCUUUGAUAAAAUGAUCGAUGAGAGUGAAGUUUUGUCUAUGUGUGGCUUGGCAAAAGAACACAACACAGAAGAUCAAAUGAAGAAUCCCUGGAAUACCAGGAUCACCAUCAGGCGCAGUGGUGGAACAGGGUUUGACAACUGCAAAGGAACCCUCAUUUCUGAGUAUUUUAUCUUGACAGCAGCUCACUGUUUCACUAUCGACGAUACGGCCGACCAGAUCAGAGUCACAAUUGGCAGGCAAGAGUAUCCCGUGGCUGCCGUUCGACUCCACCCACAAUACGAGAUCGGAAAGCUGAAAAAUCGUGGAAUCCCUGAAUUCUACGAUUAUGACGUCGCUCUGGUAAAACUUGACAAAAAAGUCGAGUUCAGUUUCCAUGCAAGGCCAAUUUGUUUACCGUGUACACAAGGAACAACCCGAGCUCUGAGGAAAUCCCUUGCAACAACCACAUGCCAGGACCAUGAGAAUGAGCUGCUACCGGUGGGAAACAUUCGUUCUUUUUUUAUAAGCGACUGUAAGUACAUAAACCAAGACACCAAUGGGCUGGUUCGCAGACCUGUUCAAGUCAAGAAUAGUGACAAGAAAAUGGCCUGUGAACAAGAUGCUCGGAAUGCCGAAUUCUACAAAAACAUUACCAAUAUCAAAGACGUAGUGACUGAUAACUUUCUCUGCACGGGGGGAAAGGAGCCUGUGUUGGACCCCAAUACAUGCAAAGGUGAUUCUGGUGGUCCGCUCAUUAUUCAGAAAAAUUUGCGUUAUAUUCAGGUUGGCGUGAUUAGCUGGGGUAUAGUUGAUGUCUGCGGUCACCAAGGUACGAUAUGUGAGGAUCCCAACAAAUCAAAGAAACGUAUCUCCUAUGCCAGGGAUUAUCACCUCAACCUCUUCAGAGUUAUUCCAUGGCUCAAAGAACAGCUGGCUGAUGAGGGAUUGGAGUUCAUCUAGACAGGUUCUCUUCCCAGCCCGCUCAGCUGCUCUGUGUAAAUAGAAAUCAUUCUCUUCAAAACUUGCCAAGUAAAGUCUGUGUUAACAAUGGCUAUCCGAUGUAACUGUAUAGACAAAAAUAAAUAAAUAAAUGUGA